CAUCAACGCAGAAAAUCUCCACACAAUGGUGCGCCACAAAAAGGACAACUUCAGCUCUAAACCCGGGGGGAAAUACUCCAAACCACCCCGAGCUCGCGGCCCUCUACGACCCCAAGACGGUGAAGCGGACGGUAACGGGAUAAAAUCGAAACCGAGCUUCAAGGCUGCAUGCUGGGAUCUCGGACACUGCGACGCGAAACGGUGUUCGGGGAAGAAACUGGUGCGGUUAGGGUUAAUGAGGGAGUUGCAUAUUGGGCAGAGGUUCGCGGGCGUCGUCGUUUCGCCUAAAGCGAAGAAGAUCCUUAGCAAGGAGGACAAGGAGUUGGUGGAGCAGUAUGGGGCGGCGGUGGUGGAGGCCAGCUGGAACAGGAUUGAUGAGGUGCCGUUUGGGAGGAUUGGGGGCAAGUGUGAGAGAUUGCUGCCCUAUCUUGUCGCUGCGAAUCCCACAAACUACGGUCGACCCUGGCGUCUUAACUGCGUCGAGGCGUUGGCAGCUUGCUACUCCAUCUGUGGACAUUCAGAAUGGGCAACGGAAAUCCUCGCCUCCUUUUCCUACGGGGAAGCUUUCCUGGAUAUUAAUGCGGCGUUGUUGAAGCGAUAUGCCGCCUGUGAAACAGAAGAGGAGAUCAAGAAGGCGGAGGAAGUGUGGCUAGAAAAGAUCAAGAGAGAGUAUAGUGAGAGUAGGGCAAAGAGGGAGGACGGAGUGGAGGAUGUUUGGGCUGGUGGAAAUAUGAAUAGACGGAUUAUUGAUAACUCCGACGAGGGGAAUGACGAAGGCGAGGAUAGAGAGAAGAAGAAUAAGGGGACUGAUGGUGAGGCGGAGGAGGAGGAGGGUGAUUAUGCUGAUGACAAAGAUGAGAUACCGCAACGAGAUCCAUACGCUCUGCCAGAAUCCUCAGAUGACGAAGAAGAAAUGGCAGAAUUGCGCCGCCGAGUGCUAGCCUCAAAACCCUUCUCCAAUCCCAAAUCUCCCGAAGACCACAAGAAGCAGCCCGAGAGCAUUGUGAGACCUGCGCCAGUAAAAGCCUACGACGAUGAUGGACCAGAGUUCGAGGAUGAGGGACUGGAUGACGAGUUUGACAAACUUAUGAAGGCUACACCAACGUUGGAUAAAAUAGGGAUUACCGCCAAGCAGAGGCAGAAGGCUCAUGGUGGAAAGUUGACUGCGACUUUUACGAGUGCGAGUGUAGUGGCGCCUAGCCGAAGGAGUUAGUCUUUCGAGAUACGCAAGGUUAUUCACCUAUCGUGUACUCUAGGUAUGAACAAUCGAG